UCCUGAUCACAAGAGCUUACAAUCUAUGAGGAGGAGACAAGAGGAGUGAGGAUCCUGAUCACAAGAGCUUACAAUCUAUGAGGAGGAGACAAGAGGAGUGAGGAUCCUGAUCACAAGAGCUUACAAUCUAUGAGGAGGAGACAAGAGGAGUGAGGAUCCUGAUCACAAGAGAUUACAAUCUAUGAGGAGGAGGAGACAAGAGGAGUGAGGAUCCUGAUCACAAGAGCUUACAAUCUAUGAGGAGGAGACAAGAGGAGUGAAGAUCAUGAUCACAAGAGCUUACAAUCUAUGAGGAGGAGGAGACAAGAGGAGUGAGGAUCCUGAUCACAAGAGCUUACAAUCUAUGAGGAGGAGACAAGAGGAGUGAGGAUCCUGAUCACAAGAGCUUACAAUCUAUAGAGACAGGUAUAUGAGAGAAUCCUCCCGACUGAUUGAAUAACAAUGAAGAGAGACAGAAACAAGAUGGCCGACAGGAUCAUAAACCUCACUCUACAGAUUCUCUUCCGGCUUACUGGAGAGGAUUACACAUUGGUGAAGAACGCCUCUAGUGGGCACUGUCAGGCCCCGGGGCCCCCACCUCAUUCCCUGAUACAUGAAGAAAUGGAUGAACAGAUAAUCCUGGAAUUCACAAACAAGAUGAUAGAGCUGCUGACUGGAGAGGUUCCUAUAAGGUGUCAGGACGUGGCGGUGUAUUUCUCCAUGGAGGAGUGGGAGUAUGUAAAAGGACACAAGGAUCAGUACAAGGAUCAGGUUAUGAUGGAGGAUCAGCAGCCCCUCACAUCACCAGUCAGAUCCAGUAAGAGAACAGCAGCAGAGAGGUGUCCCCGUCCUCUUCUUCCACAGGAUCAGGUUAUGAAUCGGGAGAAAGAUCUGAACAAUAUUAAUGCUACAGACAUAAAAGAAGAAGAAGAGAUAGAUGUGAGCAGUCAUGAGCAGUAUAAGGAGGACAUUCCUACAGGGAAAGAUCUGAGAUAUAUUAAUGUUACAAACACAAGAAAAGAAGAGGAGACAGAUGUGAGCAGUGAUAAGCAGUAUAAGGAGGACAUUCCUACAAGGAAAGAUCUGAGCUAUGUUAACCCUAUAGACACAAUGGAAGAAGAGACAGAUGUUAGGGUUAAUGAGCAGUAUGAGGAGGACAUUAAUAUUCAUGUUACAGACAUAAAAGAAGAAGAGACAGAUGUGAGCGGUGAUGAGCAGUAUAAGGAGGACAUUCCUACAGGGAAAGAUCUGAUCUAUAUUAAUGCUACAGACAUAAAGGAAGAAGAAGAAGAGACAGAUGUGAGCGGUGAUGAGCAGUAUAAGGAGGACAUUCCUACAGGGAAAGAUCUGAUCUAUAUUAACACUACAGACAUAAAGGAAGAAGAGACAGAUGUGAGCAGUGAUGAGCAGUAUAAGGAGGAAAUUCCUACAGACGACUGUACCAGGAGAUCAGAGGAGAAUCUUCUAUCUUCAUAUUAUAAAGCAGAUGAUGAUAUCACACAAGAUACAUAUGAAGAACAUUCCAUUAUCCCAGAUACACCCUCAGCCCUUCACAGACAAGAUCUGUCAUCUCAUCCUGUUAUACCCGUCCUGUCUUCUGAUCCAUUACAGACUGUUAAGAAGCCAUCCCCAUGUUUAGAACAUGGGAAACGUUUUGCUGUGAAGUCAAAUCUAGUUCAACAUCAAAGGUCUCAAACAGGGAAGAAGCCAGCUUCAUGUUCAGAAUGUGGUAAAUGUUUUACUAGGAAAUCUUAUCUUCUUAUACAUGAGAGAACUCACACAGGGGAGAAGCCGUUUUCGUGUUCAGAAUGUGGCAAAUGUUUUACUCAGAAAUCACAUCUUGUUGAGCAUCAACGAACUCACACAGGGGAAAAACCAUUUUCAUGUUUGGAGUGUGGCAAAUGCUUUACUUUUAAAUCAGAUCUUACUAAACAUCAGAGAAUUCACACGGGGGAGAAGCCGUUUGCAUGUACAGAAUGUGGAAAAUGUUUUACUGCGGCAUCACAUCUUGUUCAACAUCAAAGAACUCACAUGACAGAGAAGCCAUUUGCGUGCUCAGAAUGUGGGAAAGGCUUUACUACAAACUUACAUCUUGCUGAUCAUCAAAGAAGUCACACAGGAGAGAAGCCAUUUGCAUGUACUGAAUGUGGUAAAUGUUGUGUUCGGCAAUCCGAUCUUAUUAAACAUCAACAAACUCACAUGGGGGUGAAACCAUUUUCAUGUUCAGAAUGUGGCAAAUGCUAUACUCAGAAAUCAAAUCUUGUUGAACAUCAAAGAACUCACACAGGAGAGAAGCCAUUUUCAUGUUCAGAAUGUGGCAAAUGUUUCACUCAGAAAUCAAAUCUUACAGAACAUCACAGAGCACACACAGGAGAGAAGCCAUUCACAUGUUCUGAAUGUGGAAAAUGUUUUUCUAAAAAAGCAAUGCUUGUUACACAUGAAAGAAUCCACUCAGGGAAGAAACCUUAUUCAUGUCCAGAAUGUGACAAAUGUUUUGCUCAGAAAUCAAAUCUCAUCAAACAUCUUACUUGUCACACAGGGGAGAAGCCAUUUUUAUGCCCAGAAUGUGGGAAAUGUUAUACUCAAAAAUCACAUCUUGCUAGACAUCAAGAAACUCACUCAGGAAAGAAACCGUAUUCGUGUUCAGAAUGUGGCAAAUGUUUCUUUCAGAAACCAGAUCUUCUUAAACAUCUUACAUGUCACACAGGGGUGAAGCCAUUUUCAUGUUCUGAAUGUGGGAAAUGUUUUAGCAUAAAAUCAAGUCUUUUGGCCCAUCUAAGAACCCACUCAGGAACAAAGCCCUUUUCAUGUUCAGAAUGUGGCAAACGUUUUACUAGGAGAUCGUAUCUUCUUAUACACCAUAGAACUCACGCAGGGGAGAAACCAUUCGCAUGUUUAGAAUGUGGAAAAUGUUAUUAUCGGAAAUCGCAUCUUGAUAGACAUCAAGGAACUCACUCAGGAAAGAAACGUUUUUCUUGUUCAGAAUGUGGAAAAUAUUUUUCUCAAAAAUCUAUUCUUGUUACACAUCAAAGAACUCACACAGGAGAGUAAAAGUUUACUUACUUUUUUUUAUUGUUGAUUAUACAAGAAAGGCUUGGAUUAGAGAAAGCUGUCCGGCACUGCCAGACUCUCCUCUGACUCCUCUGAAGGAACCCAGUCAGUCCCUGUACAAUAGGUGGCGCUCAACUCCCCAAGAAGAUACAGUGUCCAUAAUCCAAAAAAUACUUUCAGUAGAGAAAAGGAAUGGCACUCACCGUUGUCUUUUAUUUCGUAUUCUUUAUUUUCCAUAAAGUGCAGGUGCGUAAAACGGCAUAUCACCCGUCCGGGUGUGGACGCCAGUGCGCGUGCUUCAGGUAACAAUUGUUUCGCUCCUACUGAGCUUCAACAGACCUUACCCCUUCCUUAGCGACCGACCCACCGCACCACGUCGCACCCCCCACCGUAGUGCUGGGCGGUAUACCGGUAUGAACCGGAUACUGUUUUUUUUCUUCCACGGUAUGGAUUUUUGCCCAUACCGCUAUACCGGUCAGGCCCCUCCCCCACCCUCCGAGUCAAUAAAAAAAAAUUAAACUUACCCGUAAUGGGGGUGGU